CCGCGACUGGCAACAGCAGUAAUGGAUGAAAUUCGGCCGCAAUCCUUGCAAAUUCCUCUUUCUAUCUGCCGCAUCUGCCACUCGGUUUCAGCCGGCCUGUUGCCAGGCCUGCCAACAAAGGCUGGUUCCAGACGUCACUUGGACUAA